UCCACGCCUCACAAAUACGUGAUAAAUAGAGAAGCAGCAAUAGCAAGUUAGCAACAUUCACUCAGACCAUCCUCCUGAAAAAGACUACAACGAAAUCAACAGUUUGAUAGGUUCAAUGGCAAAAAGAUCAUUCGCUAUGCUUGAAUCCCAGACACUCGUGGAGAAUUCAUCGCCGUUCAUAGAUACCAAACGCCAAAAACGCUGCUCCGACGCAUCAGCAGCUAGCGAGAGUACAACAACAACAACAACAUAUUUGUUCCCUAACGCGUUUGUCGGAUACCCAGAAUUGUCCGAGCCAUAUAGCGAUUUGGAUCAAAGCGUUUUGUGUAGGAUCUGCGUUCGAUUACCAGGCGGGAGAAGAGUGCAGAGAAGUUUCCUCAAAUCGGAAUCUGUUCAGCUUCUCUGUUCGUUUUGCUACUCCCAGAUUGACCAAUUGGAGAGAAACAAGCCUUUCAAGCUGUUUCAAGCAAUUCCGGGUUAUUACAAGAAUCUUUAUUACGGACCUGACACCAGUUUCGAACAAUCUGGGCUUGCCAACUCGUUGAUAUCUGUGACUUGGGUGUGAAGAAAAAGUUCUUUUUUUUUGUUUUUGUCAUUCAGUUAUCGAUUUGUAAUUGCAAGUUCUUGGAAAAGAUUCAUUCAGAUCAGAUUUACAUAACACAUUGUUAUUUGUUACGGUUUUAUUUAAUCAAUUAUGUACCAAAUUCUGAGGUUAAGAACGAUUGAUUUAUUGAAAAAGGUGACAACAAUAUCAG